AUGCCGGUAGUCAAGGGAGGAGUGUGGACCAACAUUGAGGACGAGAUCCUCAAGGCCUCCGUCUCCAAGUAUGGCUUAAACCAGUGGGCUCGCGUGUCGUCUCUGUUGCCGCGGAAAACCCCCAAGCAGUGCAAGGCGAGAUGGAAUGAAUGGCUGGAUCCGAGCAUCAAGAAGAUCGAAUGGAGCAAAGAGGAGGAUGAGAGACUGCUACAUCUUGCCAAGUUAAUGCCCACGCAAUGGAGAACCAUCGCCCCCAUCGUCGGUCGCACUGCAAACCAAUGUCUUGAGCGUUACCAGAAGCUCCUUGAUGAAGCUGAACAGCGCGAGUCAUCUGGCCUCGGCCUCACUGGUCCUGAAGGUGGCGAGACCCAGGCGCCUACUGCCGACGAUGUUCGAAGAUUGCGCCCGGGCGAAGUUGAUCCCGAUCCCGAAACCAAACCUGCGCGGCCCGACACGAUCGACCUCGAUGAAGACGAGAAGGAGAUGCUGAGCGAGGCUCGAGCCCGCUUGGCCAAUACACAAGGAAAGAAGGCAAAGCGGAAAGCCCGUGAGCGCCAACAGGAGGAGUCGCGUCGUCUAGCUGCCCUACAGAAACGUCGCGAGCUCAAGACAGCUGGUAUCAACAUUAAAGUUGUCACACGUAAGAAGGGGCAGAUGGAUUACAAUGCCGACAUUCCAUUCGAGAAAGCUCCCGCGCUCGGUUUCUACGAUACCGCAGACGAGCAGAAGCGGAACGAAUCUCAACGGGCUAACUUCGAUCCGCGCAAACAACAGCUUGCAAACAAACGCAAAGGAGAACAAGAUGAUGACGCUGACAGGAAACGACGAAAGAAUGAAAAAGAGGGCCCUUCAGCAGCCACUCAAGCUGCCAUUCGAGCCGGGCAGAUGCAGAAAGUCCGCGAAGCGGAACAGAGCAGUAAAAGAAGAGCUUUGGUCUUACCGUCGCCGCAAGUCAGCGAGGGCGAACUCGAAGAUAUCGUCAAAAUGGGCAUGAUGGGUGAGCGAGCCAACCUUCUCGCACAAUCGAGCGAUAACGAUGCAACACGCGGUCUUGUCACAUCGUAUUCAACUCUAAAUACACAGACGCCUAUUAGAACCCCGAUGGCACCAGCCCAGGAAGAUAGAGUCGCUACAGAAAUUAGAAAUAUUCGCGCCCUUACUGAGAACCAGUCAGCCUUGCUUGGGGGUGAAAACGCCGAUCUUAACGAAGGAUCCGGGUCUACAGGCUUCGAGAGUGCCGCGCCCCGGAAGCAAGUGAUCGCAACCCCUAAUCCAAUGGCUACACCAUUGCAUAGUGGCAUGAACGGGGUGGCCGCCACGCCCCAAAGAGUUGGACAGACACCUUUAAGGACGCCUCGAGAUAGUUUUGCCCUCAACCAAGGCGAUAAUGAGCUGGCCUUAGCAGGAGGCGCUGCAAAUGACAUGCGACUUCGGGAGUUAUCUAUGAAACAUCAGCUCAAGCAGGGUUUGGCCUCGUUGCCAAAACCAAAGGAGAGCGAGUGGGAACUCGAACUUCCUGAAGAGCAGCAAGAAGCCAUGGCUGUAGAUGAUCUUGAAGAAGAUUCCGAAGUACGAGAUCGACGAGAGCGCGCAAUUCGGGAAGCUCAGGAACAAUUAGAACUGAAGAGACGAACCCAGGUGAUGCAGAAGGGCUUGCCUCGACCAGAGCUUGUAGAUUUUGAAGCUUUGGCGAGCGAAGCCUCAGCCGUUAUCGACCCAAUAGAGGCGCUGAUCGCGAGAGAAGCUGCCCUUCUCAUCGCCCAUGACGCUGCACGAUACCCGGUUGCAGGCUCAAAGGUUAAGGGUAAACCCAGCCCUCUACAGCAGAUCGACGAUGCAUCGUUAGCUGAGGCUCGUCUUAAAAUCCUGAUGGAUGUAAAAGACCAGCCUAAACCAGAAGAAGUUCAGUCAGUUUGGGAAAGAGAAAACAGCAACGCGUUGCUCUUAGGCCUAGGGUGCUACGAGGAUGAUGAGGAAGAGGCACAGGUGGCCGCUAUGAUGUCUGCAUUUGACAUUGCACAGGAAUCCACUAUCGCCAUUGCAGAGAAAUGCACUAAGCUGGAGAAAAAGUUGAACCUUCACUUAGGAGGAUAUCAGCAACGAGCAAAAACGCUACGUUCAAAAAUGGGAGAAGCUGCCGAAGCGCUGGAGAAGGCUACAUUCGCCUUGGGGAGCUUCAGAACCUUGGCUGUAUCGGAAGAAAUCGCCAUCAGAAGUCGUCUAGAUGCACUGAGAGAAGAGGUCGGUUUUGUCAGUCGCAGAGAAAGAGAAGCUCAAGAAGCAUACCGCCGAACCAAGGAGGAACUUGACAGUUUCGCAGACGGCGUCAAUGGCGAUCACUAA